AUGCGUGAGGAACCACUACCGCCGCUCCUGAGGUCUCGGCGCCAAACUCCGAGCGCGCCACUGGGACCCGAAGGCAUCGAGAGGGCUAACCAAAUAGCGGACCUCAUCCCCAAUCUCGAGUAUCACAACCCUCGCCCUUUCCUGCCAGAUAUCGACGGCACAUAUCAUCUUCACCUCGCUGCCCGAGAGUUCCGUCGACAGGUACAACUGCGCCAACUCCAACGGCAGAGGGAGAAGCUGGUGCUUGCUGCCUUGGGGCUACCCCUGGUCGCUAUGCUGCUGAAGCUACUUUGGUCCAUCUUCUCGGGGGGUAGAUGGGGGGCACCUGAGGCCCAUACUGCGUCUUGGCAGGGAUUUGUGGGAGGCGUUUGGUAA